AUGCCCAAACGCAUCAUCAUCACCGGUGGCUCCGGCAAAGCCGGCCAAUUCAUCAUUGCCCACCUCCUCGCCCAGAACUACGACAUCCUCAACCUGGACCUGAACCCACUUCCCGCUCCCCUCAGCAACAAAGUCCAUACCCUCAAAGUUGAUCUCACCGACAACGGUCAAGUUCAUGGCGCCCUGCACUCCCAUUUCCAUCUCACCGAACCCUUCCGUGAACCCCUCCGCCAGGUCCCCGAUGCCGUCAUUCAUCUAGCCGGGUAUGCACGGAACAUGAUCGUCCCUGAUAAUGAGACCUUCCGAGGCAAUACUCUCUCCACUUAUAAUGUCAUCGAAGCUGCAUGUCGGAUGGGCGUACCGAAGAUCAUAACUGCCAGUUCACUCUGCGCGUACGGGGUUGCUUUUGCAGAAGGGGAUGUCGAUUAUCCUUCGUUCCCGGUUGACGAGGAGGUAGAUACCAAUCCGAUGGACGUGUAUGGUUUAACUAAAGUGAUUGGGGAACGUACGGCGCGGAGCUUUGCUCGCCGAUUUGGGACUGAUAUCUAUGCCAUGCGACUGGGCGCUAUUGUCGCGCCGGAGGAAUUGCGGAGUCGGUUUGAGGAGUACAUGCAUUCGCCGGAGCAGUAUAAGGUUAUACGGAUGCCAGAGAUAUUGGGCUGA